AUGACCUGUGAUAAGUACAUGACUGACCAGAAGACUUUAAGCUCUUGGUUCGAGAAAUGGUACAAGCACCAGAGGACUAAGAAAUUUCCAAACUUACAGCCAUUGUACUUAUUUGUUUUUCCCCUUGUUUGUGAAAAAAGCAGAGGUGGCGCAGGCACGAUGAUUGAAAGAAGCACAAGGAAUGUUCGAAUUCAACGAAAAUAUGUUGGACAUAUCACCGAGAGCAAUCUCACGGUCGACGGGAAACGGAUCAGGAUGCGUCAGGGAUGCUUUCAAGGUAUCGAGGAAUUUGAUAAUGAUCGACUUCCCGCACGACAUUCACGCGCAAACCUUGAUCUUGACGACUCUUCAAAUGAAACAUAUUCGAGCAUGAUAUUUACUCGACAAGAUUGUCUUCUUCUAACCCGGAUUCAAGGCCACACAGGCUGCCUUACGCCAACUUUAAGCAAUCAUGACUUAGCAUAUUGUAUAGCACCUGAGUGGGAGGAACCACCAAGAAAGUCUUUCUGGGUUUUAGAUAUGGAGACCAUGAGCUAUGGUGGGAAAAUGAAGAAUACAGUGGAAGUGUACGCCGAAAGGCCCAAAGAAUGGGCAGCUCCGAUUCUCGAUACUGUCUUCCGUGAGCAAAACGGUAAUAGACUUGCGCAUGACUCAGAGAAGGCCAAGCAGAACAUGAUGCUACACUGA